AUGGCUCUGGCGCGGCCAAUGCGACUUUUACUGCUCGCAGUUCGGCAGCUCUUGGUUCCCCGACGGGACCUAGCGGUCCGCUGUCCUGACGAUCCCCUGCCUGUGGUGCGUAUACCCCGGGCCCUUCAGCGGCGGCAGGAACAGCAGCAGAGUGAGCGACGGAGUCGUCCGCAGCUAGUGUUAGCGCGACCUGGUCCGCUACUGGUCUCGGCUCGGCGACCGGAGUUUAGCCAGCCGGCGCGCCUGACGCUGGGCCGUUGGGAGCGCGCGCCGCUCGCCUCGCGCGGCUGGAGGAGCCGGCGCGCACGCGGAGACCACUUCUCCAUCGAGCGUGCUCAACAGGAGGCGCCAGCGCUGCGCAACGGCUCCUUGGAGAGCAGCUUCGCGAACCUAGGCCUGGAGCCGCGGGUGCUGAACGCGCUGCAGGAGUCUGCGCCCGAAGUCAUUCGGCCCACGACAGUGCAGCUGAGCACCAUCCCUCCUCUACUUCGAGGCCGCCAUAUCCUUUGCGCUGCGGAAACUGGCAGUGGUAAGACUCUCAGCUACCUCCUACCGCUGUUUCAACGACUCUUGGCCCGGCCCAACCUUAACUCCUGCCGUAUUGCUGCCCCCCGAGGGCUAGUCCUCGUGCCUUCCCGAGAAUUGGCGGAACAGGUGCGAACCGUGGCUCAGGCAUUGGGCAGCUCUUUGGGUCUGCAGGUGCAGGAAUUAGGGGGAGGCCAUGGUAUGAGUAAGCUCAGGGUGCAGCUUACCAAACAGCCUCCAACAGAUGUGCUAGUGGCCACUCCAGGGGCUCUGUGGAAGGCCCUCAAAAGUCAACUGGUUAGCCUGGAGCAGCUUUCCUUCUUGGUGUUGGAUGAAGCAGACACACUGCUGGACGAAAGCUUCCUGGAACUUGUAGACUACAUUUUGGAGAAGAGCCACAUAGCAGAAACCCCAGCCGACUUAGAAGAUCCUUUCAAUCCGAAAGCUCAGUUGGUGCUGGUGGGAGCCACAUUUCCUGAAGGUGUGGGCCAGCUGCUGAGUAAAUUCGCCAGCCCUCACUCUCUCGCCACCAUCACGAGCUCCAAGCUCCACUGCAUCAUGCCUCAUGUCAAACAGACAUUUUUGAGGCUCAAGGGAGCAGAGAAAGUGACAGAGUUGGUGCAGAUCUUCAAGCAGCACAACAGAGCAACUAGGAUUGGCCCCUCGGGAGCUAUCCUAGUGUUCUGUAAUAGCUCCACCACCGUGAACUGGCUGGGAUAUAUUCUGGAUGACCACAAAAUCCAACACUUGAGACUGCAGGGACAAAUGCCAGCCUCAAUGAGGGCAGGCAUCUUCCAGUGCUUCCAGAAGGGCUCCCAAGACAUACUUCUCUGCACAGACAUAGCCUCUCGGGGCCUUGACAGCACCCAUGUGAAGCUGGUUGUCAAUUAUGAUUUCCCACUCACCCUGCAAGACUAUAUUCACAGAGCAGGGAGGGUGGGCCGUGUGGGGAGUGAGGUGCCAGGCACUGUCAUAAGCUUUGUAACCCAUCCUUGGGAUGUGAGCCUAGUUCAGAAGAUUGAACUGGCGGCUCGCCGGAGGAGAAGCCUUCCAGGACUAGAGUCAGCAGUGAGAGAGCCUUUGCCCCAGAAAAUGUGA